UUCACCCUACGACCUCCACCAUUCAAGUCAUCGCAGCGCGUGACAUCAUGAUAGAAAACGUGGCCACUGUCUUGUAUGAUCCACAGAGUCAGUGGCCGAGGCAGCAAGGUGGGAUGCGAACCUGUGUACACCUCUACCAGUACCCACAGACCUGAGAACUCGACAGCCACUGAGGGUCAUGAAGUGGCGGGUGAUGGGGCAACUGCUGCUGUGCUCCGGGACCACAGCCGCCCCUCACAGCACUCACACAGAUAUACACAAUAUAGCACCUCACAGCACCUACAUGAGCAUAUACUCAAACAUACACACGGACACGCCCCCAGAGACAUACACAGGUGCACACACAGAUACUCACCGAGUCAGUAGUAUAAUCAGCAGACCUAGGACCCACGAUGUCCCCAGCUACUUCAUCAACGACCCCAGCGACGAGCCCAAAAACGACUCCAGCAACGACUUUAGCGACGAUCCCAGCAAUGUCCUUAGCGACAAUCUCAGUGGCGACUGGACCGACCUCAAUUCGGGUACCUCAGGAGACGAUGGUGGGAUAGAGCGAGGGGGCCGAGUGAGGCGAGAUGAAUGUCCCUCCCAGAGUGACCCAGCCAGUUCCAUCUUCAACUUCCUGAGCAAUACUGUCCUCACCACCACCCUAGUCAUCAACCUCAUCACCAGCAUCAACGAUAACAACAACAACAAUAACAACAACGAUAACAACAACAACAACAACGACAACAACUUCAACACUAAUGAUCUCAUGGUGGAUGUAAACAACAUGAACAUGAAUCAGGCGAUGCUGGGAAGGAGAAGCAUCAGGUCAACACAGAGGUCUCUAUGGUUCACACCGGUAACCGGUAACGAUGUGUGUCUUUGUUCUGGAGACAUAACACUCCAGAAAGCUGUCAAGGAAGUCGUGAAUGACAAUGGCAGUGAAAUGAACGACAGCCAUGACAACCAGAGUCAAUAUGUCAAGGGCACCAUCGUACCCAACAUGGAUUCACACCAAGUUUCGAAACAUAAGACCAAAGACACAUCAAAUUCUUCUUUGAACCCCAACGAACCAAUUACUGUUACCUUAAACAACGUUUCCGUCACACAAAUAAGUGAGUUGGAAAGUCUUCGAAACACCACAACAAAUACCCAGGACUUUGGUAACAGUUGGAAUCUCCUUUCGAAACAUCAUGAGCCAUUUCUUGCUACUCAUAGCUCCCAGACAAACGACACAGAGGCACCUGGUGUCCCACAAGGCUCUAACAUGAGUUCAUUCUUCUCCACUUUGCUCACGAACAAUCAGACGAUGGCGUGUCUCUCCUGGGCCAUCUGCAGGAGGCUGAGGGAUAAGCAGGAGGCAUCUCUGGUGGAAUGGGUGAGUGAGAACCUGGCCCUCUCUAUCCUGGAGGUGGAGGUGUUACAGUUCCUGACGGAGGAGGAGCAACGUUAUCUCCGUCUGGCCAUCGUCAGAGGCAGGUACUGGGGUGACUGUGGAGACCUUGUCACUAAGUGUAGAGUGUGAAGAACUCUUUAUGUCAAUAUGAAAUGUACAGCUUUAAUAUAACUUUUAGCUCAUUGAUGAGUGACUUGUCCCCCAUUAUUAUUAUUAUUAUAUUAUUAUUGUUUUAAUACAUUAUUAUUUUAUUACCAGUAUUAUUUUUGUAUUGUCAUUAAUGCUACUACAGACAUAUAAGUAAACAUACGAGGUUCACAAAACUCAAAUUAUGGAAUAGAUUUAAUUAUUUUUACACGGUUGUAGUAAAAAAAACUUGAACAAUACUAUUCUCCAAGUGACUAAAUAUGCACGAGUGUGAAAAAUACAGUUUGAUAAAUUGA